GCAAGUUAUCGACGUGAGGUGGUCGCAGCAUGCCGCGACUACGUUGGACGCGAACUACUACGAUGAUCACAACCCUCCUGUGGUUUUUGCUGUUCACGCAACCAGCAUGGGCCAAGAGCACCGUGUCAGUGUCGCGCAAGGAAGGCAUUUCUACCGGCCAAGUGAAUGUCCUCCAGGGUUUCCCCGGUGCGCUGUCACUCUCGUACUUUUUGACGGGGCCUGGGGAUUUGCAUUAUACCAUUGUCCCCCACGGCCAUGCGGACGUCGCGGCUGACGCCAUUAAAUCGGCUGCCCUGGCCACUCCGCCUUCGCCAACCGCUGGCACCUUUACUUCGACAUCCGCCACUAGGCUUGCUUGGAACGUGUUGGCUUUGGAUGCCAAUACAACGUAUGAUGUGUACUUUGUUGCAGAAGCUAGCAACAGCAACGGAGUCUUUGGCACGGUGGUAUCUGUCAACGGCACAACAACCCACCCCCACGCCCCUCGCCUGACGUUACAACACAGCGAACCCGUUCGGGCAUCGUCCUCCAGCGCCACGUUCAAAGUCAAUGUAAGCGCCCCCGGGUUGCUUCAUUACAUGAUUGUCCCAACAAUGGCUGGAAGCCACAACUUGUCCGCCAUGGACAUUUGGUCCAGCAAUCAGUCGUUGUCUCUCUUUCUCCCUUCCACGGACGCCAUCAUUGUGAAUGUCACCGACUUGGCACCGUUUACAUCGUACGAUGUUUGGUUGACGACAGAAGUCAAGGGAAGUGAUGGGGUGCUGGGGGCCGUCCUUCACAGCGCCGAGGCGUUCACGACGCACGCCGUCGCUCCAGAUGUCGUGCACGUGGGCUGCCUCCCUCGCGGCGGCACCACGACCGAACUCCUUAUCGGUUUGCGGUUGCAGUUUCCCCCGAACGCUUUUGCCAACGUCCACGAGUCGGCGCUCCGAGCGGUCCAGUACUCGCUCUGGUAUGUCGCGGACGCAGCCACUACAUCUAGUGUCUUGUACGAUGCCGCGGGGGCCAUUCAAAAUGCCACAAACUCGACCACCCGUCAAGCUGGUCAAUGGCACUUGUCGAUCCCUGUCCACGAAAACAACAGCGUGCACAUCAUGGCCGCUACGGACACCACCGUGGACUUGCACGCCAACGUGAGCGGUUUGACAGCUGGAACGAAUUACUCGAUGGCCGUGGUGGUGGAGACCAAAGGCAGCCGCGGGUUGGUUGGCAGUGUGUUGAGUAUCACCGGGUGUGGCACGCAUCCGUUUCCGCCGAAACUCGCAGCCGUUCUUGUUGCCGCGCAAGCCCAGACAACGGACACCGCGGUGAUGCAAGUGUCGGUGGAAGCUCUGACCAACGUCCACUACGUUCUCGGCACCCCCGCUGCCUUCCGCCAAGUGCCUCCGCCGCAUUCGUAUACGUGCCUCUCCACGACAUACAAUGCGUCCUUUGUCCGCUUCGACACAGUGUCAAAGGUAGCUAAUGUCACGUCCAUUUCUCUGACGGACCUGAACGCGUCCACUGUCUACGCCGUCGCCGUGUUUGCCGAAACUGUCGACAGCUUUGGAGUGUACGGGCCGCUGUCCGUGCCCGUGACCGAAUUCCGAACGAACGACCCGGCGGGCAACGUGACGAUCGUCGAAGCGAUUCCAGUUCUGGGGACCACGACCGACAUUUCAGUUAAGGUGCACCUCACGCAACCUCAGAAUCACGUCGCGUUGUGCUGGAAACCCGCCGCACCAGUAGCGUUUACGUGUUUAAACCACACGGGGAACAUCGUUGUGGGCAACUUGACACCCGACUCGACGUACGAGCUGUACGUCGUGGCGUCGACGUUGCAGCGAGUCGAGAGCGAGCGUAGUGACCUUGUGACAGUCUCCACCCACGCACCAGCACCGGUCGUCCAAGGGGCCACCCUGGACCGCAUUGACGGUCGAUUCGACCAGCUACUGGCUACGGUGGCCACGGCGACCUCUGGAUGGUUGCACGUUGGGCUGUUCCAAACCGAUGCUUUGGAAGGCAAGCCGAGUUUCACCAUCGAUGGCCUUGUCCGACGACAAUGGCCCGCCCAUCAUGAAAGCGUCCUCCAUGUAUCUCCAGGCACAACCACCGUGAUGUUGGAACACUUGGCGGCCAACACAACAUACACGCUCGUGGUGUUUGGAGAAAGCGCGUCUGUCCCCAACGGAACGCAAUCCAACGUGUACGGCGACUUGCAUCUUGUGAACGUGUCUACGUAUGCAUUGGCACCCACCAUCUUACAGUCGGCCGCACUGCCUCAAAAUGCCACGACGGACCAACUCUUCCUCAUCGCGAACCUGUCGUCACCAGGAAGAUUGCAUUUCAUGAUCUCGGACACAGACUUGCACGAUCCUAAGGUACUCAAGCAGCCAUUCCAAGGCCAGCACAUGACCCCAUUCGUUCGCCGAGGCAUCGUCGACGUGACGUCGCAAGUGUGGACCACCGUCAACGAAACGCGCAACGGCGUCAACGUCACCGUCGACGUGGCGCUGCCCAUCUUUAACGCCAACCACACGAUCCACGGCUUGGCCGCUGACACCAUGUACCAUGUGUUCCUGACCACGGAAACGUUUGACAGUUUCGGGGUGUUUGGCGCCCUGAUUGCGCCCCACUUGGCCACCACCCAUGCCCCCCAUCCGACGUUCACAUCCCUCUCGGUCGUGCCCACACCCGGGAAUCCCAAGUCCAUCUCCCUCAACUUGACAUUGUCGCGGUAUGGCCUCGUGCAUUACAUUCUUUUGCUCCGGAGUCUCCCUUUCUCCAGUUUGGAGGAUAACGUCACUUCGUCCAACGGUACGGAGGUGCUGAUACCGUCAGAGAUCGAGUCGGCGACGCUGACAGGGGGCCAGUUGCAACGUGCGUCGUUGGCAGAACUUGGAGGCGGAGUUCUUCACAAUGGAUCGAUUCCCAUCUCCCGCGACGAGUGGGCCAAGGUGGACACGACCACACACAAAGCGUUUGCGGACUUAACGUCUGGCGCAACGUACGAGCUGUGUGUGGUGGCCGAGACGGAUGCCAGCAACGGCGUGUUUGGUCCGGUAGUGUGUCAUGUUGUGACGACGUUUGUCGACUACUCCAAUGCCACGCUGUUGGAGGAUGUCAUGUCGGCCGAGCCAGUGCCAGGACGAACAGACCAAGUGGAGUUGACGUGGCGAAAACUGUCGAUGGCGAAGGUGGUGCCGUACUUUGUCCUCGCCCAAGGGGGACAUGCCACCUUUUCGACCACCAGUUUUGGUCGGACUCCGUUUUCACAGAUUCGACCUGGUCAACAUGGCGUGGUGGCGGCAGGAUCGCUGCCUAAAGUUGAAGGAACCAGCGACUUGUAUCGCAUUGUGGUCGGGGACUUGGACGCCCACACAGCGUACUCGUGCUACUUUUCAGGAGAAACCAUCGACUCGUUCGGGGUGUUUACCCGUGUCAACAAUUCGUUCCCAGUGACGACCCAUGCACCUCCCCCAGUGCUCUCGAGCUACUUUGCGCGACCAGCGUCCGGCAACACCACCGGCGUCGAAGUCGUGCUGGACGUAGGAUGUCCCAAGAAUGUCAACUGCAAAGACGCGCUCGUGCAUGUGGUGGUAGCUACAACCGCUUGCGCGAACGCUCCCACCGCUCCUUUUCACUUGGCCCAUGGAUGUGUCUUGGCAUAUACCGUGCACAAUAUAUCGAUCCCAGGCAAUUCUAUCGCCAAGCAGCACCUCGUGUUUCUUGAAGAUGCCGCACUGCUGGCGCCAAACACUACGUACACUAUCCACAUUGCCACCGAAACCCCCCAUAGUGACGGGGUGUUUUCGACAGUUAAGACCACUUCCGUGACCACACACCCGACGCCUCCAACGUUUGUGGACCUCGCAGUGCGUCCGAAGCACGCGUCCACGACGGAACUGGUGCUCAACUACCAACUGUCAGCCCCGGGGGUGGUGCAUUUUAUCAUUGGGGAAGACUCCAAGCACAUUGACGUCCAGUCAGUGUACAACAUUAGCGCGAAAAAAACAACGAGCGGCGAAGACUGGCAUAAGUACCCCCCUCAAACCAUCGCGUAUCGCAGGAGCCUCACGGUACCCACGACGUCCCCCCACACCGAAGUCCUCGGGUAUUUGACGGCGAAUACGAGCUACACCGUGUGGGUCGUGGCCGAAACGGCCGCCGACGCCAACUUGUACACGCCCCUGGCUGUGUUUGCGAAUGUGUCUACUUUUGCACCAGCCCCCCUCCUGUUAUCGCACGCAGCGUCGCCUACACCUGGCUCCACCACGCAGCUACGCCUGCAGUAUACGACGAACGACGUCACAGGGGUGGUGCACUGCCUCGUCGCAGCCUCAACGCUGUGGACGCCGACACUGACCGGACCAACCUCGUUUGGCAACCGCAUCGGCUACAACACAAACAUCGUGGCCCAAGUGUCGCUCGGCAACGAAAGCAACGUCGUGGACAUUUCGGUGCCGUUCGAAGACACGAAUUACACGAUUGUCCUGGUCACGGAAACCAAACACUCGAACGGUGUGUUCGGUGCGGUCGCCCAAUUGGACAACAUUAAGUCAUCCGCGCCCGCCCCGGUAGUUCUAGACGUCCAUAUCACGGCCACCGACGCUCGCACCGACUCGUUGACGGUGAACGUGCGUCUAGACCGCGCCGGAACAGUCCACUACUCACUCACAGAGGCCAACCACCCGUUGGCGGUGACAGAACCCCCUCCGUUUGUCGUGGCCAACUCGACCAAUGUAUCGUUUGUCACGUCUGGACUCCGUGAAUCCAUGUGGUACGAUGUCUACCUCCAGACGGAAACCUUGGACAGUGGUGGCGUCGUGGGCUCGCUGGUCAAAGUCGUCAGUCCCGUGCCUACGCACGGUCCCCCGCCUGUCGUUCUCGAAGAGGUGGACUGUUCUGGAGCACCAAACUGCGACACGUUGGGUCGUGAACCGUGUUGGCUAGUCUCAAACACGUGUGGGGAGUGCCGCGAAGGCUAUUUCGGCGAUGAACCUGGACCAUCCAACGGUCUAUGCGUGGCUGGCACGAAGAAAAAAGGCAAAAAGACGAUUGGGAUCAAGGUCAGCGGCGUCAAGCAGCCAACACCGCCAGCCAUCGCUGAAGUCGAAGUCCAGUCGAAUACUGCAGCUGUCGACUUGUGCCCCGCAAACGCGCACAUGUCACUGGAAACAAAUCGAUGCGAAUGUGUCGAAGGCUACGUGAUGGAACAUAAUGCAUGCAUUCUCCAAUGUCCCCCAAACUCGUCCAUGUCGGCGCCUGGCCGGUGCCAAUGCGACCCGGGGUUUGUGUUGGAUUCCCUCCAAACGUCGUGCGUGCUGCAAGUCACAGGCAGUAGCAGCGGUCUCGGAAGUGGUGGCGUGUACACUGCAACGUAAAAUCGUACCACAAUAAUUGCAACAAUAUACCAAUAAUGCAUCUACAUUCACCG